GUACUGCACGCAGGUUGAGAUGGGAAGCAGGAGGUGAGGAAUUCAGCACAGCUAACAGACGGUCCUUCUGGCUGACCAGGAGUAAAACCAAAACCUAUGGAUCUUCAAUCACCUGCGGUUUAGACGCAUACCACCUGGAGAAGAGAAGACUUCUAGUCCUGGGUAUCUUCAUCAGAACGUCCGGGGAUAUCAGCUGUGUCACUCUGGGAGUCCGAAGCAGAGAGAGGAACCAAGAAACACCACACUGCCUCGGAAAGGGAAGGACGGCGGUCCAAGAAACACCGCCCUGCCUCGGAAAGGGAAGGACGCCGAUCCUAGGGGGGACAUUGUGAUGAGAGAGGAGGUGUCCUGUGCCGACUCCCCCGAGGGGGCUCUGGGCGCCAGCGAGGAGGAGCUGGAGAGAGGCUCCAAGAAGAGCGGGCCAUCGCUGGGGCGAAAACGGGUGCCGUACCCAAAGAAAGACAGUGCGAGUCGGGCCGAGGAGAGGGCCGUUGUCAGCGGGAGCCCCAACAGCCUGGUCCCCUCAGGGCCCAAGCGACAGAAGAAGCAGCAGAGCUCCCCCACGGCGGUGGUGUGCGUGGCGCCGUCCUCGCUGGGCCCGGGCGGCCUCGGUCUGGGCCCGGGCGGGGAGCCCUUCGAGGACCUCCACACGCAGCGGGUGAUCGCCAACGUGCGCGAGCGCCAGCGCACGCAGUCGCUGAACGACGCCUUCGCCUCACUGCGCAAGAUCAUCCCCACGCUGCCCUCGGACAAGCUGAGCAAGAUCCAGAUCCUGAAGCUGGCGUCGCGCUACAUCGACUUCCUGUACCAGGUGCUGCAGAGCGACGAGAUGGACGCCAAGCUGGCCAGCUGCAACUACCUGGCCCACGAACGGCUCAGCUACGCCUUCUCCGUGUGGAGGAUGGAGGGUGCCUGGGCGAUGUCGGCCAGCCACUAGUGUUCCGCGAUCGACCCGCUCCACCGGUCCUGUCCCCCACCCACCCUGGCCUCGCUUAAACCACCUCUCUCCCCCCUCCUUCUGACUCCCCCUCCCCUCCUAACAUGCCACCUUCCAACCGCCACUUUUCCCCUUUCCUCACCCUGUACAUUGCCUGCCUUCCCACUACGUUCCCCUAACCUCUGCAUCUCCCAAAAUGCUACGUUUCUAGUUCUGUCCCAUUGACCCGCGUACUGUCUCUCUGCCUUAUAUCGCCUCACAAUUUAGCCUUCAACUCUACAGCGCGCCCCAGCAGGACAGACUUCUAAUGCAUGGACUCGUCUUUCCAUCUAAAAAAAGGUCUGUGGCUGUUCCUGACACCCCCAACUCCUCUAUUUCUCAUUUGGAAGCCCAGGCCCACAGACUUGAAAACUGGAGUGGACACAUGCUUCAAUUUAAGGACAGAUACCCAAUCUAUGUGCACCAUGACGGACACUGUUAGAAUGCGGUACAGGAUGUGAAUUCUGAGCGAGGUGAGGAGGACGCCAAACGAUCAGAAGAUUAACAUACAGACGUACUGUCACUGAGGCAUGGCAAUGAACCGCCACUUUGUUGUCUCAUGGACAAUCUUCAGAGAAGAAGAUUCUUUGACAUUGGAGACAAUUUGUCAUAAGAAUUACAAACACGAUUCUCAAGGUGAUGCCAAAAAAAAGUUUGAGAGCUGGUACUCCCAGCCAAAGGAAUGUUUACAGCAAAGUUGCUAAUAAGCUAAUAAUUGUUGACUCUCCAACCUUCAUCUGAGGGGUAAGAAAAGGGAACAAAAAGUCAGACCUUUUCAGCAGUUGUGUAAAAUUAUCUGCUUGAUUUUGACAGUUGCCUGCAGUUCUAUGUUUGCAGUAUUCCACUACAUAGGGAGUGGACUUAGAAUCAUGCAGGUGCUAUAGCUUAUUCAUAAAGGUCACAUUUUGCAUUUCAAUAACUUUAUAUCUAAGUAAUUAUCUAUACCGGCCUGUAAUAAAAGGGUAAUGCACAACAGAUCAUGAUUAGAUCAGACUUAGCGGAUGGAGUCCACUGAAGUCUCUCUGAUAUAUGAGGUUAUAUGAACUUUAUAUGCAAAACAAUGAAUGGUACAGUAGAAAAACUCUGACAGAAUAAUUGGACAGAAUUAGUGUAAAAAUACAAUCAGAGGCUACAUUGUUGUACACACAGUAACACUGUUUUGACCGUGUUGAUUUUUCAAAUGCAAGAUACAUUGCAUGUAUGUAUUGCAUUUUUGAAUGCAAAAAUACAUUUUGAAUAUGAUCAAUUUAGUAAUUUCUUGCGAUUCCUCUAAAAGAUUUUAGUUGGUAAAUAUUGAAAUAUGCUUUCCUAAGGGCUUAAAUGGAAAUCAUGUAUGUCGUUCCAUAAAUAUGUUGCUACAUCUUCCAUUUGGUGAAAAUCAGGGAUGUAGUACAAAAUCAUUAGCGACUGAAUAAUCUCUAAACAAUCAGUGUAUUAAAACCAAUCACAAAUA